AUGCAAGCACGACGCCCUCCGAGAUGUCGUCUUGCACGCAACUGUCAGGCAAUUUCGGCGGCUUCCGAGGGAAUAUGGAUCACCGACCGGGUUCUUGCCAAUGCCAUGGAGCGCUAUUUCUCCGUGUCUCAGGCAGUCAUGUCGCGGCGGCAAGCGAGCUCCGUGCCCGGCCCAAUGGAGGCCCGUCGACGACUCGGCAAGAGACAGAUGACCGACGCCUUCCAGGUGCACCCAUCGCCGCCUCCGUGGGCCUUUGAAUUUCCGAUGGACCUUUCGAAAUGGCGUUGGGAGCCACCUGCCCUGGGCAACAUGUUCCGAGAUCCAACACGCAAGACUUCAUCCGCGAACUCGCCCCCUUCGACACAACACAAGGAGCCUCCUGAUAAACUGUUUAGUCCGCGUUUGGUACCUGGUAGUCCAUCCUCAAGGGCUGAUUUUGCAACCUACCUCGGCGCCCCAGCAACUGCGAUGAACCCCCCUGGACCAUCAGCUACUUGGUCAUUCCCGAAUACACACCACCCUGCCCCGCCAGUCAGAAUGGACACACCCAUGAAGAAUCUUGAUCCCAUUAGUAUAUACGAUAUGAGGGGCUCUGAUGUAUUGAAUACGGACAAAAGAAAGGAGCGCUGCGUUAACUGGCAAACGAGUAUUAUCGACCAAAGCAGCCAGACCACCGUUUUCCUGGAGGAUGUCUUGAGCCUCCAAACCGUCGUUUGCACCUUGUCACAUGAGUCGGUGUACAAGAAAUUUCACACCUGCACUGGUGCAUUUUCUGAUUAUCUCAGACUCGGUCUCCUCUCGUAUGCCGAGGCCCAGGUCGCCAUUGUUUACCUCGCGCAGGCACUGCAAAAAUACGCCGACGUAUGCACAAAGCCGCAAAAAGCUCGCAGGCUGGCCUUUUACGUUUACUCUGUCCUGAUUCGAAGCGUCGUUAGCAACCAAGCCCUUCUACUUGAGUUGGAAGCAGGCAGGCUAGAUGGCUUUUGGGACCCCAUUUUGGAAGGAAUCGGCAGAAUGGCAACCAAAGGGUUGGUGACACCAUAUGUCUUGUUGAGACAUGUCAUGACGACACCAGGGAUCAAGCAGACAGCACAUGUCUCUGCAAUCCUUAGGAAACUUGCAGCAUCAUGGGUCGAGGAGUCGGAGACGAGGAACGCCGCAACCAUGAAGAGAAACGAGAUCUCGGGCUAUUGGAAACUUCGGCUGCCAUCGGUUGCUGUACGGAAAAAUCCUGAUAGACAAGAUCCACUUGCUAUGACUGCACUGGUUGAGACUUGCUGCCAAGAGUUCGACUUUUACCUGGCCAGAAUGUCUGUCUUAACGACAGUUAAACAAGGCUCGGUCGCAUCAUCACUUCAACUUGUUGACGAUGCAUCCAUGUCUUUGCGGGCUGCGGAGCGCGCUUUGAACUACGCACGUGUUGGCCUCUUGUCAUGCGUCGAUCAGUUGCGCGCCUGGAUGGUCGCCAACUCGAUUCGGGAGUAUGACAAUGUAACCGCCGACAAGUUGGUACAAGCAUCCGAGAAAGCUAUUUGUGCCCGUGCCGAAACACGCCCGCAAGGCACCCGCAUUGCACUGCACGGGUGGCUUGCAGUACUCAGCCACAUGCCUCAGAUUCGACAAAAAUAUCUUCUCCAAGCCGCGGAUCGUGUGGAGAGACUUGGAUAUGGACUUCCUACAUCAGAACUGUACAUGUUGCUCCUGAAUAAAUGGUAUAGUCAGGGCAAGUUGACAAAUGCCGGGGUGGCAUUGAUCGAAAAACGCAUGUGCCAAAGCACAGGAGAUAGCAGCGUUGGCUACCUACUGGAAGCUGUUGCUUACGUCGAGAAGUUUGCGCCGCACAGCCUCAGGGCUCCUCUCACAGUAUUUUAUACCAGCAUAUGGACGACAGCACGGGUCACUGGUGAUGAAAAGCAUAUCAUCCCUGCCCUAGCGAGACUGAAGAAAAAAGGCAGGUCUUUGAGAGACUCGUGUUUGAAUACACUAGCCCAUAUAGUGUCGACUGGGCAUUCUCCUGAGGCUACUCUAGGGGAUGACGUGCGCGGCCUCGUUCUCGGGGCAGAUACACUUCAAGCUUCAAAGGCACGGCAAGCUCCAACUCCCUCAGAAACAGACGUUAUUAGAAGAAUGGCAGAAUCUCAUAGACCUGGAGAUAUUUUUGCGGACUUGGGUGUGCCCCUGGGCGGGCGUCAGUCUGAAUGGGUAGAGCGAAGCAUGCGUAUGCGCCGGGACCAUCGAUUCCAGAUAUCUAGCCGAAAGGCGGCACUCAUUGCCGAGUGUAGCGUCGUCCUCAGCAACCCAGGCCAUCCGAGGAGUAGCGCAGCAUUCCGCUACGUCAACCAUUGUGUUCUCGUUCUCCUGCGCGAUGGGCGCCACAGAGAAGAGUUGGCAUUGGCCAUCCAAUCUCUGUUUCGAGUGGCGACCAGAAACCUACACCGGGGCCUAAAAGCGAACCCCGGGCGGCUCACUUGGAUCACAUGGUUAGUGGCACAUCUUGAGGGUAGCGAGUCCGGGGAGAAAGUCCGACAGGCACUUCUGAGGUGGAUGAGCCACAAUGAUCAGAAGUGGAGGGAGUAUAAUAAGGCAGCCAUAAGUAGCCAAUGCGCAGUGGCAGAUGGUUAA